UUUUUUCUAUUUAAAUUUGUCUUUUUAAUUUAUUUAUUAAAAAAGGUGUCUUGACGCAACAGCUUCCUAUCCAGAUGUUAUUAUUAAUGAUUUUACUUCUUCAUUUCGUGAUGGAAUGGCAAUAAAUAUUUUAAUUAAAUCAUUUGAUGAUUCCUUAAUUGAUUUGAGCGAAAUUAGUGAACUUAGAGGGGAAGACAGAAUUGAGAAUGCACUUAGCCUUGCCAGGAGACAUUUUCGUGUUCCAAAGCUUAUUCAACCAAAGGAAUUUUAUAGUGAACAUUUGGAUAUGAAAAGUGUUUCUUGUUAUUUAAUGAUGUUAUAUCUCGGAAUGUGUGAAUCAUCAACUCGUCCCCAAAGAGUACCUUCUACAAGAAGACGGUCUACAUUAGCUACUACCACAGUUGGCAAUGAAAGUAUUAGUGCACCUAGUACCCCUUCCGGAGCUCAACAACCACAACAAACAAAUAUUGCACAAACAGCAAUAACUACAACAUCUAUACCAACAGAGAUUACAACUGAGGCUGUAACUUCAUUCCCGGAAGCAAUCAUUCAUUCACAAAUUCAACAACAGCAAAUAUUAUCUGGAUUGCCAGUCGCAAGACAUUCAAUAGCACAAGGUAAUAUAUUAUUUUUAAUUUUACAUUAA